AUGGACAGUCGCCAUCUGAAAGCUUUUAUUUUCCUCCUUAUUACAGUGAUUGGUAUUCCAGGCAACCUCUAUGUUAUCCUAAAAUUUGUCCUCAUCAGACUUGUAGAGAAGAAACUAUUGCCUACAAAUCUAAUUCUACUAGUCUUGGCUAUAGCAAAUCUUUUAAUAGUUUUUUCUCGUGUUAUUCCUCAAUCGCUAUUUGCCGUAGGACUGGAAAAUCUAAUGAGUGAUGCAAGCUGCAAAUUCUCUGGUUAUACCUACAGAGUGAGCAGAGCAAUGUCUAUUUGUACAACCAGCUUGCUUAGCUGUCACCAGUGCAUCCUCAUUGCUCCAUCUACCAAAAUCUGGAUUCAUUUAAAGCAGAAAGUGACCCAGAAUACAUUUAUAAUCAUCCUUUUGAUUCUAUCAAUGAAUCUUAUGCUAUACCGCACCAGUUUUUUGUAUGCCAAUGCAAGGAAGAAUUUUACUUCCCCCUAUACUCUUCACUUGGUGUACUGUGACACAGACUUUCAAACGUACGUCUCUUACAUUGCCAAUGGAAUUGUUUUUGCCUCAGGGGAUUUCCUUUUUGUUGCAGUGAUGGCUUUAGCAAGUUUUUACAUAGUCUAUGUAUUACUAAGACAUGCAAAAACAGUGAAAGGUAUAAGGAGCUCAGACAAGUUCCAGACUAAAUCCAUUGAGCAUAAAGCUUCUAGAGCUGUUGUUCUGCUGGUUGCCUGCUAUGUCAUAUUCUUUGGAUUGGACAACAUUAUGUGGAUAUAUACACUGACUCUUUCCAAUGUAAAAACAGAUAUGAAUGAUGCUCGGGUUGUGCUCACAUGUGCUUACUCUGCACUGAGCCCAAUUGUCACUAUAGUAACAAAUCCAAAACUACAGCGGCGUUUAUAUUUUGGGAAAAAAAAUCAUAUUCUGCAAGAAUCCUCCACUAGUCUAUAUUUCAUCAAUGUUUGUAAAUAG